AUGCUAACAAUAGAUGAUGAGCAUCUAGAUGAAAUUGAUGCAAUCGAUGGAAUAACUUUACGAAAACCUAAAAUAACUAGAACUGGUAUUGAGGAAUUAUUACCUCCAAAUACAACUGUUACUAACAGUGUGAAUUCAAUUGAUAAAUCGGAUAUAAAACAAAGUAAAAAGACUUCAAAAAAAAGUUCUAAACAAAAUUUAAAGUCAGAUGAAAAAUUUUAUGAUGUUUUUUCUGACCACAAUGAUACCUAUGUUGAUAAGAAAAUUGAGUCAAUAUUUAGCAACUCAAUUAGAACAAUCAUUGAAUUAACCACAAAUUACAAUCAAAUGGAUAUAACUCUUCUUGUAAUCAGUAUUUUAUCAAGAAAAGUAUCUGCGUUAUCAAAAUGUUUGAACAUUUUAAUUCUUAAAAAUCUUUACAAAAUUAUAAAUGUUUUAUUUUUUGAUUUUAAAAAUUUAAGUUUAUUAAUAAAGUUUUACAACACAGUUUUUAAUUUUGCAGUGAAAAUAAAUGAUAAAGACUACAUGAGAGAGGUAAUUAAUUCUCGUUGUCAAAUUUCAUACAUUUUGAAACAAAACUUUUUCUUAACUUAUGUUUUUUAUAUGCAUGAGCUUCUUAAUCAAAUUAUCAUUAAAGGUGAUGUUGAAAAUUUCAAUCAGCAUAGAUCUCACGGUGAAAUUUCGGAGAUUGGAAAAGAGAUUUCAUUAUAUUUAAAGCCAUUAGCUGUUUUAUUACCAUCCCCUUCACCUUCAAACAAAGAAUCUCCUUUGGCAAUUGAUUAUUUUGAUCAAAAAACAACAGAUCUAUUUAGAAAUAUCUGGUUCAAUAUGGUUGUUCAUGGUUAUUUUAUUAACGCUAAAAUUACUAAAAAUUUUGAAAGGGAAUUGAAAAUAAUUGCUUAUAACUCACCUCCUUUGGCCUGCGAGUCAUUUUAUCAAAACAAUGAAACAUCUUUGGAUUUAAAUACUGUUUUAAGAAGAGGUUCUUCUCACCAUAAUGUGAAAGAUCAAAAGGAUAAUAUUGAGGAUUUUGUUGACAUUAAUUCAUUUGAAAUGAAGACAAUAAGUUAUCCCAAAUUAAUGUUUUUAUCGGCAACUAUUUUGCUAGAAAGUUUGAGAGUUGAAAGUGGGAUUAUUCACACAAAUUUGGCAUAUCUUUCGGAUCCUUCAAUUCGAAUUAGUAGUUUGGAAAAGUUUUUGAAAGAUAUUAUUUUAACAAAUUGUGGAAGAUUAAUUAAAAAUAUUAAAUCCAAAGGUCUGGCUCGAUCAAGUUACAGUGAUUCUUUUCCAAUUUCUUUAAUUUCAAACGAAUUAAAUGAGCUUUUAAUAUUGUGUUGCAACAAAAAUUCGGAUCUUCAAGACAUUGCUUUUAAAUCUUCUGAUGUUUUGAUUAAAAAAUUUCCAACAUUCUUAUGUAAUGAAAAUACCUUGUUUACAUUGUUAAAUCUUUUGUCAUUACUUUUUGAGAGUGUCAUGAAUUUAAGUGAAAAUAGAUAUGAUCCUGCUUUUGAGUUUUAUUUAGUAUCAACAGUAAAUAAAACAAAAAUACUGAGAUCAUUGCUUUUAUCUGACAGUCUUGAUUGGAGAUACGCAACUCUUGAAAAAUUUUACAAAAAGUCAAAAGAAUGGAUAAAAAUAGUUUUGAUGAAGUCUGGCUUUGACGUAAAGUCAUUGCUUCAGUCUUAUAUUUCAGUAAAUGCAAGUGUUGAAAAUGAAAAUAUUAAAAAAGCGACAAAUACCUACAAUGCUGAAAUUCAAUUUGGUGUUUCAUUUGCGAUGGAAAUGAUCAGUGUAAUUUUGCCUUCAGAUAAAGAACAUUAUAAUAUCACUUCAUUUUCCAAAAAUUUCAGUCUUUUCGACAAGAUUGAUACCAUGUCUGGAUUUCUUUCAACGUAUAAUAUAAGUUCGAAUCUAAGAGGAUUGGGAAAUGUUUUUGGUAGCAAAAUUUCAAAAAAAGCUUCGAAUUACUCGAUUCAAACAACUUUGAUGAAGGAAGAUCUGAUUAUACUUUUGUUGGAAGAUUUGUCAAACACGAUAAUUUCAAAUAGUUUGCCUGCUUAUAAUGGAGAACUGUUAAGAUACAUUGUGGAUAUACCUUAUGAAAUAUUUAAACCAUCCAUUACGAAAUAUGCUAUUUCUCAUUGGCUGAUAUUAUCUAAAAAAUUAUCCAAAAACAAUCAGUCUUUGUUGUUAUCUCUAAUUUUGUCCAAUUUCCGAAAGACUGUGUUGAUGAAAAAAGGGAUGUAUGAUUCAAAUAUGGAAUUAGUGGGAUCUGAAUUUUCAAAAAUGGAAUAUGCACCCAGCAAUAAAAAAGAGAUCAGCCAUAAUGCUGCUGUAGUGAACAAUACUUUUAAGAAUCAUUUACUCUUGAUAAGAUUACUACAAUCUAAUUUUUACUCUGUUUUAUACCAGGGGUCUCAUGUUUUAAGAGAGUUUAAUUACACAAUUUUGGUGGCAUUAGAAAAUCUCAAAGAAGCUAGCUUGCAUCCUUUUUCUCGAAUGUUGAGGUUUGAAUUAAUUAAACUUGCCCUAGAUGUCUUUUCCUUCAACAUGAAGGUAGGGUCAAAAAAGUUUUCCUAUGAACUUUUUAAUCUUAUAUUAAAUGCAGCUUUAUCCUGGUUUAAAGUCAAAGCAUCUUGGCCUUUAGGUAACAAUUUACUUAAAAUCAAAACAGAUAUGAACUUAUUGAUUGAAGUUGGUCUAAUAAUCAAGAAUUUGGCUUUUGUGAAAUCAUUUUCAAAAAACAUGCUGAGAAUUUUAAGCACUAAAAGAGAUUUAUUGUUGUUAUUUAUGGAUAAUGAAAUUUCCAAAAUGUCUAUUUGGUUGACCCCAUUGGAUCCUCAGGAUGCUUCAGGCAUGUUGUUAGAUUCAGAUUUGACUAUUAAUGAGUCAUUGAUAAGACAGUCUUUUGCUCUCAACCCAAUCUUGGCUAUAAAUUUGAUUGAAAGAUACACUGAUAUAGGGCCACCCAGCUUGACCAGCAACAAAUAUGUUUAUUUAUUAAGAAGACUUUUACGUUCAGAGCCUAUAAAAGCUAUUAAUUAUCCAGAUGCUGUAGCUUAUAUCCUAGAUCCUAAUGGGGAUAACAGCAACGGGAGUUUAGAAUAUCUUUUGUAUUGGAAGCCGGUUUGUCCUAUUGAUGCUAUAAAUUUAUUUUUACCACCAUAUGAUGAAAAUUCGUAUGUUCUUCAAUAUACAAUGAGAGCAUUGGAAAGCCAUGAUGUUAAUUUAACUUUUUUUUACGUUCCUCAAAUUGUGCAAGCAUUGAGAUUUGAUAAAAAAGGAUAUGUUGCAAGAUUCAUUUUAGAAACUGCUCAGAUCAGUCAACUUUUUGCUCAUCAAAUUAUUUGGAAUAUGCUUGCAAAUAGUUAUAAGGAUGAAGACUCUGUGUUUCCAGAUGAUAUCAAGCCAGUGUUGGAUGAUAUUUCUAACAAAAUGGUUAAGUCGUUCAAUAAAACUGAUUUUGCUUUUUAUGAGAAGGAAUUUUCGUUUUUUAAUGAAGUAACAUCGAUUUCAGGAAAACUCAAACCUUACAUCAAGAAAUCCAAAGGUGAGAAAAAAAUUAAAAUAGACGAAGAAAUGAAGAAAAUAGUAGUCAAAUCUGGCGUUUAUCUACCAAGUAAUCCAGAUGGUGUUGUUAUUAAUAUUAAUCGUACAUCGGGUAAGCCAUUGCAAUCUCAUGCUAAAGCUCCAUUUAUGGCAACAUUCAGAAUUAAAAAAGAAGUUGAAGACUAUGAUGAAGAAGAGAAUGUCAGAAUUUCGUAUGUUGAAAAAUGGCAAAGUGCCAUCUUUAAAGUGGGUGAUGACUGUCGACAGGAUGUUUUAGCAUUACAAUUAAUUUCUGUUUUCAGAACGAUUUGGGCUGUUAAUGGCUUGGAUCUAUAUGUUUUCCCCUAUAGAGUCACUGCUACUGCUCCUGGAUGUGGUGUAAUUGAUGUUUUGCCUAACUCGAUUUCACGAGAUAUGUUGGGUAGAGAAGCAGUUAACGGGUUAUAUGAAUACUAUGUGACGAAAUUUGGACCUGAAGAUACAAUUGCAUAUCAGCAAGCCCGUAAUAAUCUUGUCAAGUCCUUGGCAGCUUACUCAAUAAUUUCCUAUUUACUUCAAUUUAAAGAUAGACACAACGGUAACAUUAUGUAUGACGAUCAAGGACAUAUAUUGCACAUUGAUUUUGGAUUUUGCUUUGAUAUUACUCCUGGUGGUGUUAGAUUUGAAGCUGCUCCAUUCAAGCUAACUCAUGAGAUGAUCCAGGUUAUGGGAGGUAGUAACCAAACUCAAGCUUUCAAGUGGUUUGAAGAGCUCUGUGUGAAGGGUUAUUUGGCAACAAGGCCUCAUAUGGAAACCAUCGUUAAAUGUGUUUUGCCAAUGCUUCAAAGUGGUUUGCCCUGUUUCAAAGGUGAAGUAACUAUUAAGAACUUAAGAUCCCGGUUUGUUCCAACCAAAAGUGAAAAGGCUGCAGCUUUGUAUAUGAGAAAAAUGAUUCGGAAAAGUAUGGAGAGUUAUUACACAAAAGGUUAUGAUGAAUUUCAAAGACUCACAAAUGGAAUUCCUUAUUAAUUUUGUACCAUCUUUUUAUAUUUUCUUUGUUUUUUUU